UAUAUUCUUCCACAAGUUUGAGCAGACAGGAGACCUUGGGAACCUCCAAAAAGCCAUUGAGCACACCGAGGAGGCAUUAGCUGCUACCCCUCAAGAUCACCCAUACCGAGCGGCCAGGCACAAUAACCUAGGAUCAAUUUUCUCUUCCAGGUUUGAGCGGAUAGGAGACCUAGGAGACCUCAAAAAAGCCAUUGAGCAUGCUGAGGAGGCACUAGCUGCUACACCCCGAGAUCACCCACACACAGCGACCAUACAUAACAACCUGGGAUUCUUUUUGUCUACGAGGUUUAAACGGAUAGGAGACCCCGGAGAUCUCCAAAAAGCCAUUGAUCACGCCCAAGAAGCAUUAACU